AUUGAGUCAGAAAGAUUGAAAACUUGAAACACGUGGUAUGUUAACCGUGUGUAGAAAUUUAGCCAGAAUCUAUUUCUAUGAUGUCCCAAACUAAAGGCAAAACACUUAGUGAGAGGUUAGCUGAACUUGCUAAUCCAACACCUCAGUUCGCAGACCCAGAAGAUGAAUUCAAUGAAGAAACAAAAGCAAGGUUAGAUACCUUUGAUGAUCAGUAUGAAUUACAAACUACUACAAAGAAAACACUGAAGAACAAAACAAGCCUGCGCCAUAAAAAUGUUGGAUUAUUAGCAGUUACAGACAAAAGAUAUGCUGGAAAGCAAGUAAGCCGUAAAGAGCUUGAGUUUCAAGCAGAAGAAGAUGAAAAUGAAGGUUUUAGCUCUGAGCCAUCCCUAGUAUCUGGUGGUGAAAGUGAGGAAGAUGAUAUCCUUGGAUUUAAAGACAAAUUCUUAAAAACAACAAACAACAAAUCAAAAAAAUUGAAUCCUCAUUCAGAUGACGAAAUGGAUGAUGAAAGUGCAUUGGAAUCCGACGUUGAUGACAGAAAUUCUCUGAGCUCUGAACAUGUUGAAGGAGAAGAAGAUGAAAAUGAGGACGAAGAAGAUGGAGAAGAAGAAGAAGAUGGAGAAGAAGAAGAAGAUGGAGAAGAAGAAGAAGAUGAGGUUGGAAGUGUAGAUGAUAAUGAGGAAGAUGGAAGUGAAGUCAGUGUUCAGAAGAUGUCGAAAAGUUCCCACGCAACCGACAUAAACAAAGGGAAAUGCGUUCAAAAUCAGCUCUCCCUAUGGGAUCAUCUACUUGAGUGUCGCAUAAAAAUGCAUAAAGGGAUAAAUUUGUGCAAUCAACUACCCCAGGGCCAAGUUUACAAACAGUUUACCAAAAUAGCUGGAGAAAACCAUUUUAUGACAGCAGGUCAAGGGGCUCGGAUAGCUAUUAAAACAUUGUUGGACAACUGCCUUGAAUUGCAGGAUCUCUUACUAAAAUCUAACCCUCAGACGAAAUCGUUAACUCAAGGAAAAUCUGGAGAAAGGGAAAGUGACGAGGAAAUCGCAAGCGAUACUGGUGAAGAAGCUACAGAUGGUGAUGAAGAAAUUGAAGAUGAAGGCCCUAAACGCAAAAGGCUAAAAAUAGCUGGAUAUGAAGCUGAAAUUGGAAAGCGGCAUGAUAACUUUCGUGGUUUUUGUCAUCGUACACUGAAUAUGUGGAACGAAAAAACAAAAAUGGCAACGGGACGAACGGGUGCCGGAAGCAAAGCUGGAUUCGGAGCUUUUGAUCAAUCAAUUUUAAAACAACUUGAAGGAAUCCUUAGCGAUAAACAGCGACUGAUCAAUCGUACGCGGAUCAAAAGAGCCACUUACCGCGUACUUGGGUCUGUCCUUAAACCCUCUGUCCAGGAAAUUGCCAACGAUGGAAAAGAAGAUGAAUCUAAGCAUGAGGAACAUCCAAGCAAGGAUUAUGAAGAAUUUGAUCCGGAAAUUUAUGACGAUGACGAUUUUUAUCAUCAGCUACUUCGCGAGUUGAUUGAAAAGAAGACUGGUGAAGCAGGUUCCAAUCAAAUUGCUAUUGGAAGGCAAUGGCUCGAAAUUCAAAAAUUACGGUCGAAAGCUAAACGAAAAGUAGAUGCUAAAGCCAGCAAAGGACGAAGACUUCGAUACCAAGUGCAUCCUAAACUUGUUUCUUUUAUGGCGCCUUACCCUGAAACAUCAUGGAAUGACGUUGCCAAGAAUGAACUAUUUGCUUCACUAUUUGGGUCACAACCAUUGGCUAGCUAAUAAUGUGGACCGAUUCCAACCCAUUCAUUCUAAGACACUAUAUAAAUUCUGAAUGUGCGGCGUCAAUUUUACGUUCAAGCUUGUCCGUGUAAAUUUUCGUAUAGGAAAUUCUUCCGAUUUAACAUGAAGCAAUCGUUGCUGUG